UCAAUUUUCUUUAAAAUGAGAUUUUAUCAUUUUAGAUAUUGAAGGGUAAACAUCAGAAGGCCAGGAUCUCUUUUUCAAAUAGAAUGUUGGUGGGUUUUCCCAUUUAAAUCAUCUGGUUCAGUCCAAACAAGGCCUUUUACCCAUCUCAGUCUUGUGCAUGCACAUCAAAAACGAAAAAAGAAAAAGGAAAAAAGCCGAGGUGUUUGAUCUUUCUGCAAUUUUUCUCAUCUGGGCCUUGAAGAUGAGGAUCAGAAGAGCAGAAAUUCUUCUCAAAGCUGCAAUCUUGGUUCUGUUUUCUUCUUCAAGGCUGCAGAUUUUAGGCCUGGGUUCCAUGUCUUCCAUUGCUGUUUCUUAUGGUGAAAAUGGUCCUGCUUUCUGUGGCCUAAGCUCAGAUGGGUCCCACCUUGUCAGCUGCUAUGGAGCUGAUUCAUCUGUUGUCCAUGGAGCUCCUUUCAGAUUCCCAUUCUCAGGCCUAACUGCUGGUGAUGGAUUUGUCUGUGGCCUGCUGUUGGAUUCAAAACAACCCUACUGUUGGGGCAAUAGCAUCUACAUCCAAAUGGGUGUCCCUCAUCCAAUGGCUGAAGAAGCUUCCUACUCAGAAAUCAGUGCUGGGGACCACCAUAUCUGCGGAUUGAGAUUGCUCGCCAAAGGGAACUAUGCAAACAUCUCCAUGGUUGAUUGCUGGGGCUACAACAUGACAGCUUCUCAUGCAUUUGGAGGUAAGAUCAUGUCUAUCACAGCUGGUUCUAUUUUCAAUUGUGGCUUGUUUGCUGAGAACAGAACAGCAUUUUGUUGGGGUGAUGAGACUGGGAGUGGGGUCAUUAGCCUUGUUCCUAAAAACUCAAAAUUUCAGAGCAUUUCCGCCGGUGGGUUCCAUGUCUGUGGGGUUUUAGAUGGUGGUGUGGGGAGAGAUUCCAGAGUCCUCUGUUGGGGGAGGAGCUUGAGCUUGGAAGGGUCUUUUGGCAAUUCAGCUGGCAGCGGAGAUGUGGACUUGGUUCCUGAGGAUUCCAUGGUUUCUGUUGUGGGUGGGAGAUUUCAUGCCUGCGGUAUAAAAAGAUAUGAUCAUGCUGUGAUUUGUUGGGGUUAUAGGCUUGAAAACAGCAUGCCGGCUCCUAGUGGAGUGAGAGUUCAUGCGAUUGCGGGUGGGGAUUACUUCACAUGUGGUGUUCUUGUGGAGAAUUCCCUUCAAGCUUUCUGUUGGGGUUUGAGUUUCCCAUCUGCGCUCCCACUGGCGGUUUCACCAGGACUCUGUGUUUCUAGUCCUUGCAGGUCAGGUUUCUAUGAAUUCAGUCACCAGAACUCAGAUGUCAAGAUCUGCAACUCGUCAAAUUUGAGAGUUUGCUUGCCAUGCGGCAAUGGAUGUCCUUCAGGGAUGUAUCAGUCCCUUGGUUGCACGCCCACAUCCGAUCGUCAGUGUGAAUUCAACUGUUCAAUCUGCAAUUCAUCCGAGUGCUCGAUUGGGUGUUCUUCGCCUGCGACGAAAAGGAACCAACGGCUGCUGACGCUUAAGAUGCCAAUUGUUGUUGCGGAGCUCGUUUUUGUUGUUGCAUUGGUAAGCUUCAUUUCCUUAAUUACCUGUAUUUUUGUUCAUCGCAAGUUACGGAAAUGCUGUUGUUCUGCAAUGGAAGAGGGAAGUUUGAAAGAUCGAAGAUGCUCUCUCCGCAAAGAGCCUGUGAGAAUCCGUCCCGACUUGGAAGAGCUGAAGAUUAGCAGGGCCCAAACGUUUAGUUAUGAAGAGCUGGUGCAGGCUACUGGCGGGUUUAGGGAAGAAUCACAGGUAGGAAAGGGAAGCUUCUCUUGUGUUUUCAAAGGGAUCUUGAAGGAUGGAAGGGUUGUUGCAGUGAAACGGGCGAUAAUGGCACCUGAUCUGAAGAACUCUAGGGAAUUCCACACUGAACUUGAUCUCCUUUCAAGAUUAAAUCAUGCCCAUCUCCUCAGUUUGCUCGGUUACUGCGAGGAAGGCAGCGAAAGGCUCUUGGUGUAUGAGUUCAUGGCUCAUGGGUCAUUGCACCAACGCCUCCAUGGGAAGAACCUGGGAGGGAAAGAGCCUUUGAAUUGGAUCAGGAGGGUCACGAUUGCCGUCCAAGCAGCCCGAGGGAUCGAAUACUUGCAUGGUUAUGCAUGUCCGCCGGUAAUUCACCGAGAUAUCAAGUCUUCUAACAUACUCAUCGACGAAGAACACAAUGCCAGAGUUGCUGAUUUUGGUCUGUCUUUGUUGGGGCCCACUGAUAGUAACUCCCCAUUAUCCGAGCUCCCGGCUGGUACUCUAGGCUACCUUGAUCCUGAAUACUAUAGACUCCACUAUCUUACAACGAAGUCCGAUGUCUACAGCUUUGGUGUCUUGCUUUUGGAAAUUCUAAGUGGCCGGAAAGCCAUCGAUCUGCAGUUCGAGGAAGGGAAUGUGGUCGAAUGGGCUGUCCCACUGAUCAAGGCGGGGGACAUUUCAGUGAUCUUGGACCCCACAUUGAAGCCUCCAGUGGAGAUUGAGGCUUUGAGGCGGAUCGCCAAUGUUGCAUGUAAGUGUGUCAGGAUGACAGGGAAAGAGAGACCGUCGAUGGAUAAGGUGACGACGUCUCUAGAGCAUGCGCUUGCUCUUCUGAUGGGUAGCCCAUCCGUGGAGCAGCCAAUCUUGCCGACUGAGGUGGUUUUGGGGAGUAGCAGGUUGCAUAAGAAGGCGUCGAUGAGGUCUUUGAACCGAUCGUGUUCAGAGAUUGAUUCAGCCGAGAUUGAAGAUCAAAGGUUUGAGCUUAGAGCUCCUUCAUGGAUAACUUUCCCUAGCUUGGCCUCGUCUACAAGGACGAAGUCAUCCAUGUCGGAUGCCGAUUUGGACGGGAAGAAUUCGGAGGCUAGGAAUGCAGGCAAUGCAGGUUGCACCGAUGGAUUGAGAUGCUUGGAGGAAGAAAUUGGGCUGGCUUCUCCUCAGUAGAAAUGUUAUUUGCAGCAAAACCUGUAAAAUUUCAAGAACAGCUCUUUGUCAGGCGGGGAGGAUUUGAAAGGGAGCUGUAUUUGAUCAAUCUCUGAUAUAAACCAUUUGAAUUUUGAUGGGAACUUCAAUGGUUUUUGGUUUUGAUUCUAAUGGAGAUGUUUGGGUAUGUGUGAUGAGGUGUGGAAAGACUGAUAAACCAUUUGAAUUUUGAUGGGAACUUCGAUGGUUUUUGGUUUUGAUUCUAAUGGAGAUGUUUGGGUAUGUGUGAUGAGUUGUGGAAAGACUGAUGAAUGUGGACACUAGUGCAACAGAUCAGGGCUGUUUAAAAGACGGGACCCACAGUGUACGUUAUGCAGCCUGGAAAUCGCUCAUGUUUGGGAUUGAGUGGGUCAUGAUCGAAUGAAGGAAGUGGAUGGUUAAAAAAUUUCGACCGUCGGUCUAAAUUUGGUCCACCAGAGCAAUGGGCUGACCUGAUUCCAGGCCAUGGCACAUACAUACCCAGGGGGCCAUCUUUCAUGCUCAUUUGGCUCUGUGGCAUGGGUAGCCAUUACAGUUUCUUCCUGAGUCACAACCUCCCAUGUUCUUUUGAGAAUUGGCUAGGUAUUCACUGGUUUUUUCUGAUCUCCAUGAUAUUGAGUUUAAUAAUCUGGGCUGUUGAGAUAUUGAGAUCCGUCACCCGAGUUUUGAUUCCUAUCAUACUGUGGGAAUUGGAAGAAGAAAUUGUAACUAGAUUGGAUUUUAUUUUUCUCCUAUCCACUAAAUGGAAA